CAAGACCAGGUAAAUGAAUGAAAUGAAUGAGUUAGUUUUUGUCCUUCGCCUCUACGAGAAAUUCAUGAUAGUGUUUUUAGUUUCGUGGUCGUCCCUGGAAUUAUUGUAGCAGACUCGAGUUUGUAUGUUGCUCUCGCCCUUCUACAUGCCCAUGAUGAUGAUUUUCGUGCCCACCGGGGAUUCGUUCCUCCCUUACUUUCUCAUCGUAGGAAGUAGAAACCUGCUUGUGCUUGUGAUUACAUAAUUUGUAUUCGAUUGAUUUAAUCUGCUUUCGCUUUCGCAGGGCUUCUCCUCGAUUUACGGCCUCGCUUGCAUUUUGAACUGUCGGGGGAUUCAAACAGAGGUCUGUCAUAAAGCGCUAAUUCGAACUAACUCAGAUAACCUCUUGACAGUGUUUUUGUCUUGCAUCCGUGACGAUAUCGAUUUUGCGAUUCAAAUCAAAUACAAUGAUGUGUCUGCAUGUAGCUGGUUUAUCACGCAUGUUGUUAGAUAUAGAUGGUAAGAUAGAGUGUACGCAGUUAUGAUCAUCAUGAGUCUAUAAUUAAUAUAAUCACCGAAGCCUUCUACUUGCAUCCACGUUCAAUCCUUUUGGUCCACCAGAAAGAAGAAGAAUGGCCAUAAUGUUGCAAACUGUCGCAAGCAACAACCAAAACCGCACCAGCGAACUGUCAACAGGCGGGGAUGGCGAGUUCUGCCCACCGCCACGACUGAAGCUCAAAAAACUUCCGUCCCUUGACAAAGACAAUAGCGACGGAUUGACUGCUUUGAAAUCGAAAAGCGCCGUCCAUCUGAGUAGUACUAGAAAGACCGCUCGUUCACUCGCAGCGCUCGCACAUCUGAAAAUAGAUGUUCUUGCAUCAGAUCCGGAAAUCAAGACCAGUGUUCUUAAACCUGCAGCUGUAGCUAAAUCUGCUGGGUUAUCUUCGCCUACAUAUAUCGCUCCAAGAAACGGACCAUUGCUUGAACGAAAUGCUGGUGGUGAGGACGAAACCACUUGUGCGCUAGUAGGUGUUGGCAAUAAUGAAGGUGAAGAGGGCGUGAAGCCACUUGCGCGCUGCCGGUGCUUCGGUGGUGGUUUGAAGAUUCUGGUGGUCGGCGAUGGAGAUCUGUCGUUCUCGGCAUCUCUGGUGUCGCACGUGGAUGAUCCUUCGAAAGACGUGACUGCCACAGUUUACGAGACUGAUGCUGCUUUUGCUGAAAAAUACGGCACGAGCGGGCUUGGAAUAAAGCAUAAGCGCAUCGUUUGCGAGAACGGUGCGCGCCUAAUUCACGGCGUUGAUGCGACAGACCUAGAGCGCACCCUGUUGCGGCCUCGGGCGUCGCUGUCUUCGUCUGCAGCGACCGCAUUAGAUAACAGUACUUCGCGUGGUUUGUCGUCCCCGGUUCAUGGUACUAGCAGGCCAGAUAUUUCGAACCGCAAAUUCGAUGUCAUCAUCUUCAACUUUCCUUACCCUCUUCAUUUGGAGGAAGCACAGAAUAAGGCUGGAGGCUUGAAACACGAAGCGCAAAGCCUGGUGCGGAGCUUCUUCUUAAGAAUCUGAAUUGCUUCGGAAGAUGUCGUGGGUAUCUAUGUAUAAGUACUUAAUAACUCACGUGCACCUCGAACUUCACGUCCUACAUAAGUAUGACAAAACAUGCAAAUGUUGAUCUUAGUUCUCUACUGAUUCUUGUUCUUGUUCAAGCUCUAACGCUCCUUUCGGCGCGUGCACUAUUGACCACGGAAACGGGCGAGGUGCAUGUGAGCCUGGUGAAUAGACAAUUUGAUUCCUGGGGUGUCAACGCAAUCGCGCGCGAAUGCGAGCUGUAUCUUCAUGAGGUGAAAGGCUUCGACCGACAUCAUUGGGAGUACUACGGCUGUCGCUACGGCGACGAGCGCGAGUUGAAGAAACGGCCCAAGGCGAGUUACGUUCAGCAAUACAACGCGCGGACCUUCGCAUUCAGACGUCGGCUUCCGGGAGUUGCAGUCGAAGAGAUCAAUCCGGAUACCAAUCAGGUGCUGGGUAGUGAGGACGACCUACGAGCUCUGGAUCUCAUGCGACAGAAGAAGGAGCGCGACAUAGCUAACCGGAACCAGGCGGCGGCACUCUCCCGAGCUGCACAAUUGAAGCAAGUGAGCGCAGUGCACGCUCUGGUGCGGAAGCGCUUGCAGGCUGCGAAGAUGCGUCCGUUGCAACGCCCUGGCGGCGCUGCACCAAACAGGGUAGGGGCCGCUUGCGCAGCUGCGGGUGCGCACCAGUCGCAAAGCACAGUGAAGAUGUCGGGUGGCAGAAUAGCUUCGGUCGGCGCUACCCUAGCCGGUGGCCAGACAAAGGCCACCGCAACGCGAACGCCACCGAUACGACCUCUGUUUCCCCGAUCAUCAUCUCAACAACACUGUGAAGCCAGCCACUUCCCCUCUGCCCGAGGUCUUUAUGUGGCGUUCUCGACCGCUUCUGCACCAACCGUAAGCGGGACGACGGCAGGAGCUACAAAACACAUGACGGGCCCGCUGCGGCCACUCCGACCGGCGGGCUCAACUAGUGUCAGUGCCGUGGUCAAGCUUAGCCCCCUACGCCCAUUGAAACCAAAUAUAAUGACGAAAGUAGUGCGUAAAAGCAUCGGCCUGGUGAAGACUAAGGGAGCCAAAGUACCAGAUGCAACCCCCUCUGCUGCAGGUAGCAUCGUUGGCAACAAAAGCGGAACAGCAGCACGGGGUAGCAGCUCUACCUCUGUGAAACAAGCGGGCGGCCCCGGGGUCUCGGAACUGGUACAUAGAUUUCGUUCGAUGAAUCGCGCGUCCACCUCUGCUGAGGCGAUCAAAUGCGCGAUGAACAUCUCCGAUAGUGCAGGGCAAGACAUCAAUCGACAAUCGCCCAGUACAACCGCGAUCCUCCAGAGCAGAGUAGUUGGAGCAGGCGAUGCGCGGGGCCUGGGAGUUGGGCCGGAUGUAGGUCCGCCUCUUCGGCCCUUGAAGAGAGUAGUCAGUUCGUCAUCAGCUCAGGGCUUCCUGCCUUCGGCCGUUGGCAGCACUAGGGCUGGUUUUGCUGCAGCAACUACCUCAACGUCGUCUGGUGGUAGUCGUGGUUUUGCAGCGAACAACACGCAAAUGCAAAACCAAACAAGUGCUUUCUCUAUUCUCCCCGUUUCAUCGUUAAACACGAACCUUACUAGCAUGCCGCCAACCCGGCCAUCAACAACAUCUCCAGUAGUACAAGCGGCUGUGAACAAAUUUCCAAGAGUUCCUGGUGCUGGUGACCAGUCGACGCGCACUGCCUCGCAAUCUGCGGGUGCAAGCCGUACAUGCCAGCCGCCACCGCCUCCGGAAGGCCUUCUGAUGGCUGGAGGUGACGGCGCCAAGAUUCAGGCGGCAACUCGCGCUCUACUGUCGCAAGGAACGGGGGCGAAUCACAUCACGAGGGUAGGUGGAAAUGCACAAGUGAUCAAGGGAAACGACAAGAAAAAGAAAACGCAGCAGACCAGAAGUAUUGGCCAUUUUAUGCCAAAAACCAGUUCUGGUGGCGUCCCCUCACACCGAUAUCACGUUGCUGGAGCUUUUCACGACAAGGCCGCGAUCGCUGGGGUGGCAGCCGUGCAGCGCAACGGCAUCGCCGGCAGCGCAAUACCGGGAUUUAACGGCAACUACAACCGAACCAACGGCCUACACCCUCUGUCAAAUGCCGGUGACGUGACGCGUCCUCCUCCUCAGGGAGGGCUGUCUCACUUACCGCAACGUUUGGGGGGAGGCGGCAGUGGUUUUCACGCUACAGAAAACACUACAGGGCUGCAAACACAAACAGUAGUGGGGGUGCAGCAAGAUCGGAGAAAGGUACACAAGCAUACGCAACACCGCGGUGGUGCUACGUCGGGCAAAGGGGCCAAUGCGAACGCUGCUCAUUUGCCCGGCUGGGGGUCCAUGCACUCAACGCAAGCUGCAUCUCCUUGUCCUCCCCAAAACACUCACAAGCAGCCCCAGCAGAUGGCAAAGAACGUUGGCACUUUUCGUGGUCUGCGACCCUUAGUGCCUUUCCCUACAAAAGCGGAAAAAGGGGCAGCACACAUCAAGCGCCAGGGUGCCUCGCCUGAAUGAAGGAUCCAGCAAGUUCAGGUGUGGCACCGCAGGGCCGUGCCAAUGCGUGGUGGCAAAUCAGAACAAAACAGACAAGGGAAUACAAAUACUCUCGGGCGGGAGGAGGGGAGUAAAGAAGAGAAGCAAGGGCUGGGACAAGUGUAGCAAAAUUAAUAAAAGGUCGUGAGCAAUUUACUCCACACAACAAGAAGAUGCACGCAUCCCUUCCCUGCGCGUCCGACUCAGCGCCCCAAUGAGCAUUACUAACCCCGCCCUAAAAUAAAAAUGCUGUGUAUCAUCUAUAGUACUUUCCAUUUCCUAGUAACAAAAUGAAAGAUGCGUCU